UCCCUCCCCUUCUCUUUCUCGGAAGUCGAAGCUCCCCUCCCCACUCCACCCGCUACGCCGACGCCCCCGGUCGCCACCGCACCACCGACCAAUUUGGUCGCCAUUCGCUGCACCUUACCGGAUCUUCCACCAACCAGCCCACCCCGACCCGUAAAGCCGCGCGCGCGUAUUAAUAACGGACACCUUCCUCCCUCCCCCGCCCCGUCUCACACGCGCCCAUCAGCCAGAGCAAUUCAUUCCACGCCGCUUCCCUCGCCGUGCUCCCAGAUCUCGCGCGCCUCACGCAAGGUCACUGAGAACUUGUUGGGUGGAAAGAAAGUUACGGUUGUGUUUGUUCUAGGUGGUCCUGGAAGUGGAAAAGGCACACAGUGUGCCAACAUUGUGGAACACUUUGGAUUCACCCAUCUUAGUGCUGGAGAUCUUUUGCGUGCAGAGAUCAAAUCUGGCUCUGAGAAUGGAACCAUGAUUGAGAAUAUGAUAAAGGAGGGAAAGAUUGUUCCAUCCGAGGUAACUAUAAAGCUGUUGCAGGAGGCCAUGAUAAAGAGUGAAAAUGACAAAUUCCUGAUUGAUGGAUUUCCAAGGAACGAAGAAAAUCGUGCUGCGUUCGAGAAUGUUACAAAAAUUUCGCCUGCAUUCGUGCUAUUCUUUGAUUGUUCUGAGGAAGAGAUGGAAAGACGUCUUUUGGGGCGCAAUCAGGGAAGAGUUGAUGAUAACAUUGAGACUAUCAGGAAAAGGUUCAAAGUUUUUGUCGAAUCAAGUUUGCCUGUCAUUGAGUAUUACAACUCAAAGAACAAGGUUAAAAAGAUUGAUGCCGCAAAACCAAUUCCUGAGGUGUUCGAAGAUGUCAAAGCCAUUUUUGCCCCAUAUGCUCCAAAGGCUGAAUAGAGCAAUUCAAGGGACACCAUUAAGGUGAUACAUGGUGCCAUAGGCGCCACACAAGUGUGACUACAUAUAUGUGAUUAUGAACCCUUUAAUAUAGAAGAAAAGUUUUGGCUCAUAUGAGCUACCAUCAUAUCAGUAGGCAAUUCGAUUUGUUACCAGCAAUAAGUAGAGCUGAUUCCCGGUGUUCCUGCUAGAGUAACAUUUUUUUGCCGUUGUUGCUGUAUCCUUUGUACUGUUGUACCAAUGUGCAAUUUACUGCAUGGACGAUGAAACCUUGUGCCCUCCCAUCAGCUAUCUGGUGGCAUUACAGAAAGUAAAACUUCUUUGAUAUUUUUUAUAAGCGAUUAAA